UUGAGCUUCCGUAGCUUCGAUCCUCUCGCAUUUUACGUUUUACGUUAUGCAGCACCAGUAAGAUAAUCGUAGAUCGUGAUUGAAAGCGAGAGAGAGAGAGAGAGAGAUAUACAAAAAAAAAAGAAUUAGGAGAGCGGAAGAUGAGCGAGGGGCAGAAGUUCCAGCUGGGAACAAUCGGUGCUUUGAGUUUAUCCGUUGUGUCGUCUGUGUCGAUCGUGAUCUGCAACAAGGCGCUUAUUAGCACCCUUGGCUUCACCUUCGCAACUACUUUGACAAGUUGGCAUCUUCUGGUUACGUUUUGUUCCCUUCAUGUGGCACUAUGGAUGAAGAUGUUUGAACACAAGCCUUUUGAUCCACGAGCCGUGAUGGGAUUUGGGAUAUUGAAUGGGAUCUCUAUUGGACUAUUAAACCUCAGCCUGGGCUUUAAUUCCGUUGGUUUUUACCAGAUGACAAAACUAGCAAUCAUCCCCUGUACUGUUCUCUUGGAAACCCUCUUCUUCAGGAAAAAGUUCAGUCGAAAAAUUCAGUUUUCGUUAACCAUCCUUCUCCUUGGUGUUGGGAUUGCAACCGUCACAGAUCUUCAGCUUAAUAUGCUGGGUUCUGUCUUGUCUCUGCUGGCUGUUAUCACAACUUGUGUUGCUCAAAUUAUGACAAAUACCAUCCAGAAGAAGUUCAAAGUUUCAUCCACGCAACUUCUUUAUCAGUCUUGCCCUUAUCAAGCAAUGACACUUUUCGUCACUGGCCCAUUUUUAGAUGGGCUCCUAACCAACCAGAAUGUGUUUGCUUUCAAGUACACUUCCCAAGUUGUGUUUUUCAUCGUCCUAUCCUGCCUCAUAUCAGUGUCUGUAAACUUCAGCACUUUUCUGGUAAUUGGGAAAACGUCUCCGGUCACAUAUCAGGUGCUCGGACAUCUGAAAACAUGCCUGGUUCUAGCAUUUAGAUACGUGUUGCUGAAGGACCCAUUCAACUGGCGCAACAUUCUUGGCAUUAUGGUGGCAGUGAUUGGAAUGGUGGUUUAUUCCUAUUUCUGCUCGGUUGAGACACAGCAGAAGGCAAGUGAAACAUCAACCCAAUUGCCUCAGAUGAAAGAGAGCGAGAAGGAUCCGCUAAUAGCAGUUGAAAAUGGAAGCGGAGUGUUAUCAGAUGGUGGUGGUGUGCAAAAGACGGCGGCUCCUGUAUGGAACUCAAAUAAAGAUUUUCAAGCCUAAAGCUGUGAACGUUGCUAUGUUUCUUUUGUAUCAGAGAUCUUUCAGAAGGAAGAAAGAAAAACUUUUCAAAUUUCCUUUUGUUUGUUUGUUGUUCUCUUUUUAAAGUCGCAUAGUAGGGGAAGUAGGGGAGACUGAAAAAUCAACAGCUUUCCACACUGUAAUGGAAAAUGGAAGAAAGUAGGGACUAGGGAGGGAGAGGAAACACAGCUUUGAUUUGAUGAGAUCCUUAGCAGUUUAUUUUCAGUUUUGGAUUCAGUGUUACAACUGUACUCUAAAGUUGAGGCUAUGUUCAUACACACUGGACACAUGUAUUUGAUUUUCAGGCUCCUUGAUUUGUAUAUAUAAAGGCUAUAAGCUACUCAAUUAUCCUUC